GCGGUACGUUGGUCUGGCGGCUGCUUAAAUACCUUCGGCAAUACACACACAAUCACGGGACGUCCCUUUCGCAAACACACAAUGCUUUUUGCCUCGUCGAAGGAUGUGUUCGACCACCAGCGCCAGCAGCAAAAAGGAAGAGGGGAUGGUGUACGGUACCACUGACCAGGAGCUGUCCUUGCCACCAAGAUAUCAGGUUGUUUGACAGAGGAGAAAGUUAGAUUUCUCAGGGAGAUAAUAGUAACAGGAAACUUCUGUUUCUGCAUGCUGAGACGACAAACCCGGUUCGUUACAAGGCACGCCUUCGUUCAAAACCUCGAAACUUGGAAGAGAAAUCUCUCUGUUUCAUUCCCUUCCAACACUAAAGGUGCACUUACUGAUCACAAUCAAUCAACCGAUCAUGUCGAUAAUUCAUCAACAAAUCCAGAGGCGGCAACAUUUGCUGGACAACAUUCGGAACCAUCACCAGCCUGCCCUGUUAGUGGUGGCAGACAGAGGUCGGUAGCUGCGUGGCUCGUGGCAGGAACGAGUGGCCGUAUUGUCAGAUAUCUCUCAAGUUGACCGAUGCUCACCGUCUUCUACUUGAUUUACAUGUAAUGCAUUCUUGCCAUGACAAUUCUAGGAUCCAUCUCGUUCAGCUUGGAAAUGGCAAUUCUCAACCGUGAUAGUGUGGACUAUCCUUACUUUCACAAGAUGAUUGAUGCAUUGUUGGUUUCCAAUACUGCAUUUUCCGAGUACGAUGGCUACCGACAGUUGAUGAAACAAAAGCGCUCUAUUUGCUACAAACUAAGCAGUGGCACUACCCUCACUGUCGACUCAACAAAUGACCUGGUCCAAGUAUUGGAAGAUUACUUUGAUGAUUAUGAUGAUGACGUUGUAAACCAAAACUCCAAGCAACGCAACAACAAUGAGGCUACAGAGAAUAGCGUCGAGAUUGCAACCGAGACAAUAGUCUUUGAGAUUGUAUACGGUGUACAGAAAAAGGAAACCUGGAUUCCUCAACCUGCUGUUGUUGUCAGCCGUGCUGUCAGUGGCAGGGAUGGCAAUCACAGUGUGAAAGGGGGCAACGAUCUAGAUAUACUAUCCGACACGGUACUGGUGCCGGUAUCGAGUCGUCAGAGCCCAGGUGACACUAGCGCUCAGGCGGGGGCUCAGCAAUGUGAGGAGCUGGAGGCCGAGAACAAGAAGAGACAUAUUCUCCAGCAAAAGAUUGACAAAGAGGUCAAGAAGCAUGGAACCGACCCCCUCUCCAGGGCACGGUAUGCCUUGAAACGACUUGGGAUCAAUGAAGGAGCACUCGCCAACAGGGUGUUCGUUUUGGCUGCCGUGGUGGCUGCCACAGCAAUGCACGGUGGUGGGAAAGUGGAACGUGUGGUGGCCGUCCGAUGAAGAGCCUUCGCAAAGCACGUGUCGGCUGCAUCAAUCAACCAACCAUCCUACCGGUAUGGCCUGUUGUGGGUGUCUUUGGAGUAGAACUACUAGGCAUUUGUUGUUCAU